AUGGAGAAAAUCAAUAUCACUUUAUUUUUAAUUUGUUUACUUGUUGGUGUUGCACACUCCAAACCAAUUAUUGGUGAAAAGCAAGCCCUCACUUGGUGCAUUGCGCAAGCAAAAGUGCCCGAUUACAAGUUCCAAGCAUUUCUAGACUACGCCUGCGGAAUUAUCGACUGCUCAGCCAUUCAACCAGGUGGUCCUUGUUCUUUUUCCGAUGCGGGACAUAGUCAACAAUUGCAGGUUCGUGCAGAUUACGCUUUGAAUCAAUACUACAAGGGGAAAGGUACAUGCAAUACGGAUAUCGGCAUGAUCAUAACGUUUAAUCCUUCACACGGAAACUGCAUAUUUCAAUGA